GCUGCUGUUUGCUGACUCAGACUUCAUUUUUUCCAGCUGCUCCCGUCAGUGUUUCAGCCUCGUCUGUUAAAUCGGUCUGAAUCCCUCUGUCUGCCUCCACUGCGAGGAGUAAUAGUCCCCGAGGAGGAGUCCAUUAGUCCCGGGCCAAGAUGGGUGAGGUCGACGCGUCACUGUAUGGAAUGGGGUGGAUUACGCGCAUCACCCACACAGCCUCCAUCCGCUGACUGAUUCUACAAAGAAGAGAGGGGGGGUCACUCCCCACUUUCUCGCAGAGGGUGGAGCUUUGUGGAUACAUUUGACAGCUGCGAGACAAGAAAAUGUGCAGCGCAAAGAAGGUUUGGGGGGACCAUGCCUCCUCUCCGAGGGAUAUAAUGAAACGCUGAAUGGAAUGACAAAGUUGACUCGCCACUAUAAAAGCAAACUUCAGACUGACGGGAAUUUAUUGGCUUUUUUCUUGCACUUUUAUCCCUGGAUUUUACGCACAGAUGCAGCGAGCGUUUUCUUUCCCGGCGACGCUGGAGCGCAGUCGGACUAAGGAGCGCUUGGAGGCGAGCCUGGCUGGACUGUGCGAGCUGGAGCUCCGCCGGCAGAGGCAGGAGUGUCUGGUGCUGGGAGCCCUGGCUCUGGGGGAGCCUCUGGCCCAGGACGACCCCAGAAGAGAGCUGUCGUGCCUCAGCAGCUGGGGCCAGCCGAACCUGACGCUGCGGCGCCAGCUGAGCGCUCUUCGGAGUUCUCCAUGGGGCCUCCUGCAGGCGCUGGAGCAGCAGGUGGGAGAGCUGAGGAUUGACAUCGAUGAUGGCUGCUGCGAUGGAGCUCAAGGAGACCCAGGCGACAGUCGGCCCAGUUCUGGUUUCUAUGAAUCGAGUGAGGGUCAGUCGCCAAAAGGAAAGUCCUCCACUGCUGAGCUCACAGAGACCGUACCAUGUCACCUUUACGCCAACGACAGGCCCAAGUCUGUAGCAGACCCCCCGGUGAUAAAUGGAGAAUUUGAUGUUCAGGUGCCACACCCCUCUCUGCCGCGCUCUUUCUCCGCCCCUCACCCACCUCUGGAGGGCAUCAUGGAGGAGGGCUCGGCGGGGGACUCCUGGCAGUGGGACUUCAGGGGGGCCGACCCUGCCUGGCUGCAGGAGGCCGCCGAGGACCACCUCACAGAGGAGGACUACCAGCAGGCUUUGAGGGUGGAGGGCUACAUUUUGAGUCUGGUCCAGCGCCACACCCUCUCGCCUCGGCCAUGUCAGCCCCGCACCACCCUGAACCCCGACCCCCCACACGGGAGCGUCUCUGGACACAGGAGAACUCCCUCUCAGACUGCGGAGCAACGCCUUCCUGACCCCCAUCAUCAGCCCUACGUUGACCUAUUGACCACCUCUAAGAGCCAUGCAUGGGGUUGCGACCCGCCAGAGGUGGGGGCCUGCAGAGGAGAAGCCCAAUUAUUUGAGAAGGACUGUUAUUUAGCUCUGCCCUACCCCCAGUCAAGGCCACACUCCCUGACUGGGAGGUUACCAUCACCCCUGCCCUCUAUGGAUCCAAACGGCAGCGUUGGCCCUCCUGACCUUUUUUGUGAUCCCCCAUCCCCCCAACAUUAUCUGUAUCCACUCCCCCCUGUUCCUCAAAUGCACAAUUUAGUAAGUGCACAGUACAUCUCAGGACAGAGCUCUCAGGCCCCCGUGCGCUCCCCCAGACACUACAAAUCAGAGCAGCCAAAACCCAGCCGAGCUGCCGCCUCUCCUGACCACCCCAGCUCCAAGUACAAAGCCUCUAAAAAAGGUCACAGUGAUCGACAGAGAUCCAAGAAGACAAACAGUAAAACCGGUCGAUCCCAGUCGGAGAACAGCCUGCUGGGGCAGCGGGGGCUCCCCGAGAGGAGGUACAGCACCACGGAGAGGCGGCAAGACAAAACCAACCCUUCUCCAAGCAAAGCCCCAGCCGCUGGGCCGCAGGUGAGCAACAACGGCCGCAACGGGAGCCGGCGCUGGUGCUCCAACCUGGAGCUCAGUCAGGAUGAGGCCGAGACCCAGACGUCACACAAACGACCUCCUCGAAGGAUCCGCCACGGUCACCCCUGCUCUCACGCUCAGCAGCAGCACGCUCAGAGGUGGCACCAAGACUGUCAGGUCCAAGCGCCCCUCGGCCCGGGAGGCGAGGCCUACGCUGCCGCCGCCGCACCCCCAGCCGAGUCCGAGUCCAGCACUAGCGAGGUGUACACUCCGGCCUCCAGCUCAAUGUCCAGUGACUCUGACGAAAGCGGGGGGCUGGUGUGGCCCCAGCAGCUGCCGCCCCGCCUUGCUUCUACAUCUUCCUCGUCCUCUCCUUCACCUCAAGCCGCUGCCAGUGCCUCGUCUCACCCCAAAGCCUUUGUUAAGAUCAAAGCUUCCCACGCUCUCAAAAAGAAGAUCCUCAGAUUCCGCUCAGGGUCCCUCAAGGUCAUGACCACCGUGUGAGCAGAGAGACUUUAUUCACACAAAGACCAACACUGCUUACGCUCAGGUUCAUUCUCAGAGCAGCAUUGUCACUUUUGGUUCACAUAUCAAACAAUUAAUCCUGUCAUUCAAGACUAAGUGCUGACGUUCCUCUUCAGUGUAAUCUUUAUGUUGUGUCCUCCUGAAUUCACUCAAUCUAUAAAAACGGUUUAUUACUGUUCAAAAACUGAACAUUGCUUAUUAAAAACUGUCUAAAGAUGGCCAAAUACAAGACUUUACCACAGGGGGCGCUGUAGAAAUGAUUGAAUAUUCGUCACUUCAAUGUUUUUUCAUUUCUUUUUCCAUGUAAAGCCAAAGUUUUCUUUAAAAUUUGUGUAAAUGUUCCUCUAAGAACCAUAAAUUAUUUUUAUCAUAUGGGACAAACAUAAAGAAGAACUGCUGAUAGGCAAAAAAAAUGACAAAAAAUCAUUUUGAGGCUGGACAAUGACACGUUUUUUUUUUUCAUUUUCUGCUUUCAAACGUAAUGCAUUCACAUGGAUAUGAGGAAUCCAAUAUUGUUCUUGUGCAGUAGUAACAUGAUUAUUGGGCCAGAGAUGCUUGGU